AAGCAACAAUAUUUUUGCGAGAUUGUCAAAAAACAGCAUACGCUGCUUAUACGCACCACACUUCAAGAAGCCUACGUACACUUACACUCGUCACUGUACAUAUAGGUACUAUGGUUUCGUUUCGUUGCUAGCUUUUUAGUCGUAUCGUAGUUCGCGACAUAACCUUAAAGAAAACUGACGUUAAUAGUGUUCGUGCAAAUGAUAACUGUGACGCUAAAAACGAUAAAAUCUUUUCAUCGAAAUUGUAAUAAUUAGUUACACGUGUGAGUUGGUGACUAAUUAUUAAGAUAUUUGAAUUUUAUGAAAAUCAUAUAAGCAUGGUCAUAUACGGCGUCUAUAUCGUGUCAAAAUCAGGUGGUUUAAUUUUUAAUCAUGAUCACAAUGUUCCACGAAUUGAAAAUGAAAGGGUCUUUAAUUAUCCGUUGGACCUGAAGCUUAGAUAUGAAAACAAAAAGAUCGUGGUAUCAUUUGGUCAGAAGGAAGGAAUUAACGUGGGUCAUGUUCUAACGGCAGUGAAUGGCAAUGCGGUAAUAGGAAGGGAACUAGAAAAUGGAAAGGAUGUAUUUGAUUUGUUGGAGGAGCCAGAAUGUUUUCCUUUAUCGCUUAAAUUUAGCCGUGCCAGGAUGACUACAAAUGAAAAGAUUUUCUUAGCAUCCAUGUUUUAUCCUUUAUUUGCAAUUGCUAGUCAACUCAGUCCUGAACCACGUUGUUCGGGAAUUGAAAUUUUAGAAGCAGAUACAUUUAGGCUUCAUUGUUAUCAAACAUUAACUGGUAUUAAAUUCAUUGUUGUAGCAGAGUCGACGCAAAGUGGAAUAGAGAUUCUAUUGAAGAGAGUGUUCGAAUUGUAUGCAGAUUAUGCUCUGAAAAAUCCAUUUUAUUCAUUGGAAAUGCCGAUCAGGUGCGAACUGUUCGAGACAAAUUUGCAAACUUUGUUGGAGAACGUUGAAAAGUCUGGUGCCAGCAGUGCAUAACAUACUGUAGAUUAAAUAUAUUAUUGCAUAGUGAACGAAGUCAUCACUAUCAAUAAGAUUGUAUAUAAACAGGGAUAAAAUGAGAAGUGCUUCUAUGCGUACUUCGUUGUGUAAAAUAAAUAAGAAAUUAUAUUAAAUCCUAUUUUAAAUAUA